AUGUUGGAAUCGGAAUCAUCAAACAUGCAAGUCGAUAGCGUGCCAACCUCCACCGCAGGAGCAAAACCCACCUCCAAGCUACGAGACAGUUGUCACGCUUGCGCGCGGUCCAAAGUUCGAUGCCCCAAGCAGAAGCCAUCUUGCUCCAGAUGCGAGGAGCGUGGCAUUCAAUGCCAGUAUUUUUCUACAAGACGUCCAGGUCGAAGGAGUGUGAACAAUAAAGCCCAAGCCUCCCCGAAGAGUGACAAAGGGAAUCACGACAAGAUUUUGUUGAGCGUCUCUUCCGUAAUGCCAACGCCCCCAAACCCCAGCCCUACAACACCCGUGGACUCCAAUAUCCCUACCGCACCGAUUUCAUUCGAGAGAGAUGGUAUUCUAGAUGCCUCCGAUGUCUUUUCAACUCUUCUGCUGGGAGACCGUAUCAUGACUUCCUGGCAAGAUGACUUGGGGUUUAAAUUCAGCGACAUAUGCUUCACAAUGCCAUCAACCGACAACCCAUUUGAUGUGUCACCCUUGCUCAGCGGCAAUAUAGCUCUGGAUCUGACCGACACCAUAUCAUCCUCCCUGGACGCGACAUCAUCUGCGAACUCAUCCAGUUCCUUAUAUUCACAACUUCUGCCACCAUCCCGAGCCUCGAGCAUAGCACCACCGGUUACUCAGAUUUCGUCGUGCGGCUGCUUAACCAUUAGCUUGGAUCUCCUCAAGACUCUAUGUGUGACGGGGGUGGAAGAUGGUGGAAGCCAGAUCCAAACGCCAGACCUCCUAGCUAAAAACAAGCACAGCAUCGAAACAGUGCACAGCAUCAUGUCCUGUCCGUCAUGUAGCGGCGAUAGCUUUUUAUUCACUAUCAUAUCAAUGAUUAUCCUAAAGAUUAUAGAGAAGUACUCAGUGGCGGCGCGCACAGAAUGCAGCAGCAGUACUGAAGACUUCACCGGACUGCUUACUGAAGAGCGUACGCCAGCUCAACUUGUCCUGAGCGAACUGCACCGCGUGCAAAGAUUAGCAAACCAGCUCUCGACGUUCAAGAGGCCCGAAGACAGCAUUGUGGAUGAAGGCAGAGACUCUGCAAUGGCACAACUAUCUCCGCACACUCUAGAGCCGGUCGAAAGCGAUGUUCGCAGGAGUCUACGCUUUUUGUCUGCGGGUAUCAUCAGAGAGCUCCGGCAGCGAUGA